GCAGCGGGGAGUGGGGAGGGCGUACAGAGCCCGCUGCGGGCUCUGGGCGCCUCUUCCCCCGCAGUGCUUCCGCUUCUGCAGGACUUGGCCUGCCCCGACUGGCCGAGAUCAGCACGCUGGCCAAAACAGUUAAGUGCCCGCGUUCCCCUGCCCGCCUUCUGCCUGCUGCGGGCCCGGUGCUCACCCUCCUUCUCCCCCACAGUCGUCGGUUGUUAUAGGUGAUAAAACAAUAUUGGCUUUCACAUUCAUAGAUUCGCUUUUUGCAUCUCAAGUAUUUUGAUAUGGUACAACUUAUACAUACUUUUAACUGCUUUGUAUAGUAUAAUAUGCCAGUUUAUGUAUGCACUGUAUAUUUCAUAUGAAUAGUAGUGUGAUAAAUAUGUUAUGUGAAUUAUGCGUAUUUUAUGAUUGGCUUUUCGCAAAUAUUAAAAUGAUUGGUAUAUGUGUUAUGUUAGAAAGUUAUGCUGUAUUAAUUUUCUUAAGUCAAAUAUAGUUUUAGGUUAUAACAUAAUGUUAAAAUGGAAACUAUACUAUAUAAGAUACUUUUUUUUUUUUUAAGAGAGGAAUGAGAUACUCCCACCGAGAUAGCAGCCACAGAACACCUAAUUUAUUGCUCACUUAUCAGAAGCAGCUAACUUCUUCCUGCCUUGCUCAGCCUCAGGAUUAAGAGGACUGGCACUGACCAGACAGAAACCUUUGUUUGGAGUUCUGCAUCGUGUAUGAGAUGUAUGAAUAUGAAACAAGCUAUUGCUUUUAAGGGUUAAUCCUCUGUUAAUGCGUGUCCUUUUUCAGUCUUAUUUUGCCCAGAAGGAGGUACCCGACUGUCCAUAACUCUUUGUUUUUAUUGUCUCGUAUUGUCCUAAUCCUAAUUGCCCAAAUUUUUAUUACUCUAAUUAUAUUGCUAUUUUUAUAAAUAACUUCCACCGUACACUCUCCACCCGGGUAGGGGUGGUUUCUAGGGUGAGGUUAGGGGUGGUGUGAGGGCUGGUUCACCUGUCACCCUCAGGCACCUGCUCCCCCUCAGCCCCUUCUUGUCACCCUCAAGUUCCCUAGAGUAGCCUCUCAGCUUCAAUGGAAUCCUCGUGGACACAGUCAAGUAUGUAUGCAGCCCGAAUCCCAGCCCCGCAGUGAUGACAGCUCCAGGCCUACAGGUCCCCUUCCCAGCCCCAGUGAUUUCAGCUCUUGACCCACAAGCUUUAUUUCACUACCAGCUCUGUUCUUCCAGCUGCAGCUGCGCAUUUCUCCAGCUCUGCCAGCGAAAACUUUUACAACUUUAAAGGGCAGCAUCUUGGUCUUGGCUCCAGCUGUGCAACACUUCAGCUCCCGCCCGAGAGUCUCUAAGCCCACCCCACCAUCAAUAUCCCAGCCUCGCUGUGAUUUCAGCUCCCGCCCAGCUAUCCCCAGUCACUAUGCCAGUCCCUGCAUCAUUCACCUCGAUGUCCAAACAAAGACGGCGGCGCCCACGGCAUCACGUGAUACCGGACAAAGAUGGCGGCUACCGGGUCGGGGUUGUCGGUUUCUGGCGGUUUUUAAGUGUCUCCCGAGCGUUCCCCGUGCCGCUGGUGCUAUUCCGGUGUACCCACACCGGAAGGCGCCUCGGAAAAUUGUUUUUAAAGCGCGGGAUCGGUGUCGAAAUUUUGACCAGGCAGCUGAAAGGGCGGCUAAAGCUUGGGGUCUUUUCUGAGGUGCUGGAGGCGGUGCGAGGGGAGGGGCCGCGGGCGGGGCGCCGUGACGACACACUGAUGUAGCGCAGGAGCGGGGCGGAGGGCGGUGUGCGCGCGCCGUUCGCCGGCAGGGGGCGCCGCGCCCUUCGCCCCCAGGGGCGGCGGCGCGAGGAGAGUGGUGUGGGGUGGGACGCAGCGGCGUUUGUGUGAGGGGUGGGCUUGAAGGUGCCUGAUAGUUCUGUUGGAAGACUGCCUAUUUAUCUAAUUAAAUCAUGAUCCAAUUAACUCUUGGUUGUCUAAUUUAACUGGUGCUGUGGAUGUGCGUACUCUUGCAAUGGUUAAUCGAUUUCAGUAUUAGAUACUGCCAGCUGGAGCACUAAUUAGGGCCCCCUAUAGACUAUGUAUAAAAAAAAGAAGAAAAACUAUAUGUCUGGUGCAGCACUAGAAAAUUUCAGACUCCCGGGGAGUAAAUCUUUUCUUUAAAUCGUUUUUUGAAGGUUUUUGGUUUGUUGGUUUGUUUGGUUUUUCUUACCCCCAGGCAGCAAUGAUACAGAUACGGCAUUUUGUGACCUCUACGAGCACGGAGCAAGCGCCGCGGGAACGCGCUGGGGAGUGCACGGCACAGGCAGCUUCCCUUGGAACCGCUUCCUCCUCCCCGUUUGAGCCCGCCCUACCGCUGAGACCGCGACGAUACGGAGGCGACACCGGAGCGCUGGCAUCAGGCUGAGCCUGGCAGCUCCGGCAGCGAGCCCGGCACGGACUACAAGUACCAUGAGUUCCCGUGUGGGUACUACAGGUCCCACAAUACCUCACGCCGCCUGGUGUCUCCGCUUCGGUCCCGAUUUAAAUCCAGGCAGUGAGGAAAAUGGCGGUGCGGGGCUGAGUGUGGGGGAGAUGGAGAUAUAGCUGAGCUUUGGCUCAUUUCUCAGUUAUGAAUAAACUGAUUUUUGAAAAGUGAAACGAAAUUACCUCGCCUUCAGUCUCUUGAAGGAUACAGUCUUUUGUAUGCUGCGUGUCUAAUGAAAGAAUGCCUUGCCUCACUGAUACAUCCCAAAGUGAUUGAACAGUUUCAGAUACAAUGGUGAAAAUCAAACUGAAGGGAUCUACAGGUUCAACCUCAUUUGUCUAUCUUAGAGCUCUUUUCUGUGCAUUCCUAUUGGCUUCUGCUGUAGCGCAUACUAUGCUCGGUCUUUCAUCUACCAGCUACUGAGAGCAGGGGCAUAAGGAAGUUACUCUUGAGGUGGCCAAGGAAAUGAGUGCAUUGAAAGACAAGGCAGCAAAAAGCUGCUGAUGCAAGGUCAAGAUGAGCGGAUUAGGAGAAAACUCCUUAGAUAGUUUGACUAAUGAGACAAGGAAGCGCAAGCCAUUGACCUGUGAUACACCAGGUGCAAGUCUGGUCUGCAGUGGUGAGAAGCGUCGACGUGAGCAGGAAAGCAAAUACAUUGAAGAACUGGCUGAGCUGAUAUCUGCUAAUCUGAGUGACAUUGACAAUUUCAAUGUCAAACCAGACAAAUGUGCUAUUUUAAAAGAAACUGUGAGACAGAUUCGACAAAUAAAAGAACAAGGAAAAGCAGUUUCUAAUGAUGAUGAUGUUCAGAAAGCUGAUGUAUCAUCCACGGGUCAAGGAGUUAUUGACAAGGAUUCAUUGGGACCUCUUUUAUUACAGGCAUUGGACGGCUUCCUCUUUGUUGUAAAUCGAGAUGGGAACAUAGUAUUUGUAUCAGAAAAUGUCACACAGUAUCUGCAGUAUAAACAAGAAGAUUUGGUUAAUACAAGUGUGUAUGGUAUCUUGCAUGAAGAGGACCGGAAGGACUUUCUUAAAAACUUACCUAAAUCUACAGUUAAUGGAGUUUCUUGGACUAAUGAAACACCUAGACAGAAGAGCCAUACAUUCAAUUGCCGGAUGAUGGUGAAAAGCUCUCAUGACCUCUUUGAAGAUGUAGGUGGCUACCAGGAUAUACAUCAAAGAUAUGAAACUAUGCAGUGCUUCGCUUUAUCACAGCCAAGAGCUAUGAUAGAAGAGGGGGAAGAUUUGCAAUCCUGCAUGAUUUGUGUGGCACGUCGUAUCACUACUGCAGAAAGGGUAUUUCCAGCAAAUCCAGAGAGCUUUAUUACAAGACAUGAUCUUUCAGGCAAACUUGUCAACAUUGAUACAAACUCAUUACGAUCUUCCAUGAGACCUGGCUUUGAAGAUAUCAUUCGUCGCUGUAUUCAGAGAUUCUUAUGCCACAAUGAUGGGCAGUCAUGGUCAAAUAAACGCCACUAUCAUGAAGCUUAUACGCAAGGUCAUGCUGAAACCCCAUUGUAUCGAUUUUCUUUAGCGGAUGGUACAAUAGUGACAGCACAAACGAAGAGUAAACUGUUUCGAAAUCCUGUAACUAAUGACCGCCAUGGAUUUGUCUCUACCCACUUCCUUCAAAGAGAACAAAAUGGAUAUCGGCCAAAUCCUAAUUCUGUUGGGCAAAACAUCAGAACACCUGUGACUGGAAACACAAAUUCAGUUAAUGGUCUUAUGAACAUGUCACCUGGUCAAGCCAUGCCAAUACAGAACAGAAACUAUGGGAUAGGAGAUCCCAAUGCAGUGGGUCAGCUCACCAACGCUCGAUAUGGAAGCCCUGGGAAUAUGGGGCCAGUGAACUCUGGAACUGGCAUGCAGUCCUCUGCUUAUCAGAGUAACAGUUUUGGGUUAAAUAUAAGUAGCCCACCACAUGGCAGUCCUGGCUUGACUUCCAGCCAACAGAAUCUAAUGGUAUCUCCUAGGAAUCGGGGGAGUCCAAAAAUGAGUUCACACCAGUAUUCUCCAGUUACAGGUAUGCACUCGCCAAUGGGAUCUGCCAGCAACACUAGCAACAGCACUUUUUCUAGCAGUUCUCUUAGUGCUCUGCAAGCCAUUAGUGAGGGUGUUGGAAAUUCCCUUCUAUCAACACUUUCUUCACCGGGUCCAAAAUUGGAUAAUUCCCCAAACAUUAGCGUAAAUCAGCAAAUUAAAACAAGUACCCAGGACUCCAAAAGCCCUUCUGGUUUGUAUUGUGAACAAAACCAAGUGGAAAGUUCCAUCUGCCAGUCAAACAGCAGAGAUCUCCUCAGUGAAAAAGAUAACAAAGAGGGAAAUCUGGAGGCAUCUGAAAGUCAGAGAGGACCAUCUGAGAGCAAAGGGCAUAAAAAACUCCUUCAGCUACUUACGUGCUCCUCAGAUGAAAGAGGACAUUCUACAGCAUCAAACUCAUCUUUAGACUCAAAUUGUAAAGAAUCUUCUACCAGCGUUACCAGUCCUUCAGGAGUUUCCUCAUCAACAUCUGCAGGGAUAUCUUCCUCCUCAAACAUUCAUGGGUCGCUCCUGCAAGAGAAGCACAGGAUUUUACAUAAAUUGUUGCAGAAUGGUAAUUCUCCAGCAGAGGUGGCCAAGAUCACAGCUGAAGCUACUGGUAAAGACACAUAUCAUGAUGCUAGUAACACAACCUCCUGUGGAGAAAGCACUGUCAAGCACGAACAACUAAGCCCAAAGAAGAAAGAAAGCAAUGCUUUACUAAGAUAUCUACUAGAUAAAGAUGAUAUUAAGGAACCGCUUUCCAAAGAGUUGAAGCCUAAAGUAGAAGGUGUGGAUAAUAAGAUGGGACAAUGCACAAGUUCUACAAUUCCUAUUUCAAGUCAAGAAAAAGAGAUGAAAUUAAAAAUGGAGCCAGCAGAGGAGAUGAAUGGAGACUUGGAUAAUCUGGAUGCAAUUCUAGGUGAUCUUACUAGUUCAGAAUUUUACAAUAAUGCUAUGUCUGCAAGUGGAGAUAACCCUGGAACAAAGCAAGCAUUAUUUCAAGGAAAUGCCCUGUUGGGUGUGAAGAGUCCCCAGUCUGUGCAGACUACUCGCCCACCUUUUAACAGAGCCUUGUCUUUAGACAGCCCUAUGGGCUCAGGUGCUUCAGUGAGGAACAUCAAUGCAUUCUCCAUGUUACAAAAGCAAAAUUUGAUGGGUGGAAGUCCAAGAAUGAUUGAAAACCAAGAAAAUUUUGGAGCAAAUCUGGCAAGCACACCCCACAGAAAUGUGGCGAUGAAUCAGCAUCAGCCAGGAGACUGGAGUUUGCCAAACUCCAAAGUGAACAGACUGGAAUCUGCAAGUUCUGCUUCAAUGUUGAGACCAGGACCUGAAUUUAGUACAGCCCUUCCAAGGCCCCCAGAGGCUGGCUCUGUGUCUGGGCUGCCUGUGCGCUCUAACAGCAUAGCUGGUACUAGGCCAAUGCUGCAACAGCAAAUGAUUCAUAUGAGGCCAAAUGAGAUAAACAUUGACAUGGGAGGUAAUCCCUAUGGACAACCUGGACCUUCUAACCAACCUGGAUUGUGGCCUGACAAUAUGAUGUCAACGGAGCAAGCGUCACGGGGUUCACAAAACAGACAAUUAGUUAGAAGCUCUUUGGAUGACCUCUUAUGUUCGCCACCAAAUAUGGAAGGCCAGAAUGAUGAAAGGGCACUUCUGGAUCAGCUGCACACACUAUUGAGUAAUACAGAUGUCACAAGUCUGGAAGAAAUUGACAGAGCAUUAGGAAUUCCUGAUCUUGUAAACCAAGGACAAGCUUUGGAACCCAAACAAGAUUCAUUUCAAGGUCAGGAAUCUUCAGUUAUGAUUGACCAGAAGCCUUUGUUAUAUGGUCAACCGUAUCAAGGGCAAGGACCAGCAAUGCCAGAAAGUUUUAGUAACAUCCAGGGACAACAGCAGUCUUUUAAUUCAGUGAUGAAUCAAAUGAGCCAAGUGAGCAAUUUUCCUCUGCAAAGUAUCCAUCCCCGAGCAAAUGUGAUGAGACCUCGGACCAACACACCAAAGCAGUUACGCAUGCAGCUCCAGCAGAGGCUUCAGGGACAGCAGUUUAUGAAUCAGACCCGUCAAACUCUUGAAAUAAAAAUGGAAAAUCCAGUCAGUGGUACUAACUCAGUGAUGAGACCAGUUAUGCAGCCACAGGUGGGAUCCCAGCAGCAAGGUUUUCUUAAUGCUCAAAUGGUGGCUCAGCGUAACAGGGAACUAAUAAGUCACCAUUUUAGACAACAGAGGAUGGCAAUGAUGAUGCAGCAACAACAGCAACCUCAGGCCUUCAGUCCACCACCAAAUGUGACAGCCUCAGGAAGCAUGGAUAGUGCUUUGACAGGCCCUCCAAUGGCUCAAGUUCCUUCACAGCAAUUCCCUUAUCCACCUAAUUAUGGAAUAAGCCAACAACCUGAUCCUGCAUUUAGUAGAGUAUCAAGCCCUCCCAAUCCAAUGCUGUCAUCAAGAAUUGGACCCUCCCAGAACCCUAUGCUGCAUCAUCCUCAGUCAGCAACAAUGUACCAGUCCUCAGAGAUGAAGGGCUGGCCCUCAGGAAGCAUCCCCAGAAACAGUUCUUUUCUCCAGCAGCAGUUCAGCCAUCAAGGUAGUCCAGCAGCAUACAGUAUGAUGCACAUGAAUGGCAGCAGUGGCCAUAUUGGACAGAUGAGUAUUAAUACCAUGCCUAUGUCAGGACUGCCUAUGGGUCCAGAACAGGUAAGUUGUACAUCAAGACUGAUGAAAAGAUUUGCUGACUCUUUUUCCAUUGAGUACAGUCUGCUUACAUCCAUUCCUCCUGCACAAUCCUGCUCUCAGUUAUCCUGUUUGUAUUUGCAUCUGUGGGCCUAAUUAAUUUUAUGUCCUAAGAGAUACUUCCUUUUUGAUGAUACAUAAGCAAAUUCAAAAUGAGCCCAAGCUGUAUGCUGGGAUUAGCUGUUGACUUUGAAUUGUCAUGGAUAAGACCAAGCCUUAAACUGCACAAAGGAUGAUGAAAUACUUCUGAACAUGGAGGAAACCCCAGCAAAAAACCCGUGGACAUUGUGAAACGCAUCUUCAGCAGAUCUUGAAAAUUACAUGUAAUAGAACACAAGUACAAGUCAGGCUAAGAAUCCUGCUAGUGUGGUAUCCUUCUGGCAGACACUGAUAAUGACACUUGCCCUUACAAUACCUUAGAAUAACUUGUGUACACGUAGCCAGAAACGACGGAAAAUUUAGACCCCUCAUUUAAGGUGAAAAUGUGUUAAUAAUAGGCACUGAAAAGAAAGCUGAAGUACAAAAUACACUUUUGCUACAAUCUUUCCACAAAAUACCUAGGAUGAGCAACAUAAUACUGACACAAGCUAAAUCUAUUCAAGUAAAAAGUACCUCAUGAAAUUUUGUCCAGCAUACCUGAGGAAGCAGUCAGAAUUCUGGGGGUAAGUAAAGUUUUGGAGGACUUUGAUACAACAAAUGCUGUGUAUAAAUAGGAGAGUAUAAAGGUGAAAUGUCAGAUUUUCCAAAUCUACAUGACAUAAAGAUACCCAAAUAGUGUGUUUAGGAAAUUCUAGGACAGCAUUUAUUUUCUAGAAAUGUAUUUUCAAAGUGGAGCAUUAAAAACCUAUUCUUCUGCUUCUAGGCAUUGAUUGGCAGUAGUUCCUUCUUUCAAAAGCAGUACACGAACCAUUUCUUUCAGCAAAGACGUCUUCUCUGAUGAAAGUAUCUUUUUUUUUAACAGAAAUACUGCUGACAUCUAGAACCACAUCUUCAAACAAGAAUGGUUGAAUGCACUAGUGUUAGAAAGGAAAGUGACGCAUUCUUCAUGGCAAGUCAUACUGGGCUUAACAGAAACCAGUGAUUAAUUUCCUCACCCAGAGGAAAACAAACUAAAAAAACCCUACCCAACAAAAAUACAUUUUACUACAAGCAGCCUAUGAAAUACUGUAUGAUGCGGGGUACAAAAAAAGGUCAUUAAUAUUUUUGGCACUCUUCCUCUAGGAAAGUGCAUUUGGUAAUGGCAUUUUAAUAGCUAUGAUGAGUAGACUCCUGGAAUACCUUAUCUGUUUACUGUAGCUAUCCAAAGCCCUUUAACCCAGGCAGAUGAAAGUGCCUGGAGAAGUCACAGUGGUAAGAAUUUCCUGAUUUCUCUAAUAACAAUAUCUGACAGAGAAUGUAGUUCUUAGCCUUGACUCUUAUAUGAAUCUAUGAAUAGAAAUGCUGCUUUUAGUCUAUUAUCCCAGGAGUCAGGGAUUUCCCAAGCAAAGUAGCAGUGCAAAAUUAAUUGGCACAUGCUCGUCUAAAAUCCUGUCUGUUGAAGCCAAGGGUUGAAAAGAGAGGAUAAACAAUUUAAAUUAUUUAAACACAAUUGUGACUAAUAUUUACACAUUGCUGUGCAGCUGAGUGCACUUUAUAGAGGACUAUAUAAUGGAUUAAUGCAAUGUCUUUGAUAAGGACUUAAUAAGAAGGUAGGGUGUACUCAUAUUCCUUCACAAACACAAUCUCUUAAGAAUUACUUGAAAAGACUGCAUAAUGUAAUGUUUUCUGUGUAUGGAAAUUAGAGCAAUAAUCUUUCAUCUUUUUUUGAAAAAAGCUUCAGAAAACUCAAGACAACACACUGCAGCCAGAAUCAGAAUUUUGCAGUCUUUUUUGUGAAUAAAUAUUGUAAAUAUGAUCUUUAAAAUAAUGUAUUAUAUAUAUGACUUUUGUAGGUCACUAACUCAUUUUUGCAGAGUUUGUGAAGCUAAAUGUUUAACAAAAUUGAUUUCUGGAAACUGAGUGUAGUUGCGAUCCAAAUUUUUUUAUUUUUUUUUUUUUUAAUUACAUUUAAGGACUUUGAAGCUGGGUGACUUUGGCCCACAUAUUUCUCUUCUUUGGUCUUCAACACUUCAUUUAUUUUUACAUGUUUAACAUAGAGCUUUUUAUAAAAAAAUAGACCAGUUGUUCAAUACUUUCUCCACCUGCGAGCACUUCUGUUACAUUUCUUUUUACCUAAGGCAGUUUGACAUGAAGGCUCUGCUUUGUAAGAUCUUACAGCUUGUCGGGACAGACAUGUCUGUCUGUAACCAGUUGCCUUUCAGUUGAUGAAGCUGGAUUGUCUCUUUUUGGUCAAUUUUAAUGAACUCAAAAUGUUCUUUGAAAAUGUUUGUCUGUUGCAAAAUACUUGUUAUUAUGUAACAUCCGGAAAUCUUUAAGGAUAUUAAGCCACAUGUUAACCAAAUGUCUACACCUCAUUGGAUUAUUCUAAUAGUAAUGAAUGUAUUUUCUAAGCAGAUUUCUGUCAUAGCAGUAUUUAAGUGUGGUUACAUAUUAUUUGCUGAUAGCACGGGAGUUUUUUCCCCCCUCUGUUUUGGGUGCUUGAAAUGAAGACCCCUUUGCACUUUUUGCAGUUACAAGGAAUUAAACCGCUAAACCUUCCUAAGGGAUGACCCAAAAAUGUUUAAGAUGUGUGGUGCUUCUGUUCUGUUGUUCAUUGUGUAAUGGAAAACUGAUUUCUCCCAAGUGAGUAAAAGAAACCAAAAAUCCCUGA